AUGACUGAUGUCGUCCCGGAAGUCUCUAACAAGAAGGAUGGGGCGAGCCCGGUCACGAAGGCGAGGAGCCGAAUUCUACGUUACGAUGAAGUAUUCGAUGUCCGGAAAGGACAAUAUCGCCUGAUCAAAUCAGAAAAGUCCACCAUCGGCAAACAAAACAGAAAGAAGGCUGUUUUGAUGGUGCGUAGAAUUAUCAACGACAAGGGGCAGCACACUGAGACGAAAGUCGACAUCAAAUCCAAGAACGUUGCGCGGGUGAUGCAGGAAAUUAAUGCUGAUGUUGAGGAAGUCUCUCUGAAGACCAAUCCUCCAGUUGCAUUGCAUGAAUCGUUGGACAGGGCUAGAAAAGCCACGCCAAUAGAUGAGGAGCUCAUAGCAGACCUGACGGAAACUGUGAAGUUCGCCGAGGAAGAACUCGCCACAACCACAGGUAAUCUCCUGCAAUUGCUUGACUCUGGUGAGAUUACGUGGGAUCUUCUAUGGGCCAUUUUCCCUCCCAACAUCUUGGUGUACCGGUAUCAUCGACUCAUUGAGCAAAAUCAACUUCUUCAGCUGCGCUCUAUCCAGCAGGUGUUUACAUUCAACAGACCACCGUUUUGGCAGCUGAGUUGCCGAAUUGUAGUGGAUGAUGGUGUCAAGUUCGGACUGGCCUACGAGCCUUUUCUCAUGAUGAUCGAAGAGUUUUCCGGAACACGCAAGAUCGUAGAUCUACGCAUAUUUCCUCUCAAGUACCAUCCCAAAGCGGAGGAGAUUCGCGUGGAGGCGUUGCACCACGGUCGUCGUUUCGUGGCGCUCAGUGAGCCUCGCGUAAUGGAAACCAGCGGUCCAGCUAUGUUCGAGAAACGUGAUUCUCGAAGGGAAGCGUACGCAUUCAAGUUUGCAUCUCAGGGAAGGACCAUGAUCGAUCCUGCCGGCUUUCGAUCAUUUAACCCGAACAUCAAUUUUAUGCCCGAAGUGCACAGAGGGCUAUUGCGGGAAGAAUUAUCAGAUGAGCAGCUCACUAUCUGCUCGCCGGUGGCGUUCGGGUUUUGCUUCGGUAAUAAGAAAUGGGGAGGCUUCGCAACGUCUCGUCUUGUCGACAUCAACUGGGACGAUCAGGCCUUCAAAGACCUUGUUCUCGAUGAGCCAACCAAGACUCUAGUUCGUUCAAUGGUAAAGCAGCACUCGUCACAAGACGAUGGAUUCGACGACAUCAUCUCAGGUAAAGGCAAGGGGAUUGUAUGCCUUUUCAGUGGACCUCCAGGCAGUGGCAAGACGUUGACAGCUGAGGCUGUAGCUGAGAUCACCAAUAGGCCUUUGUACAGUGUCUCUGCUGGAGACCUUGGCAUUGAUCCUACGACCGUCGACCAACGGCUUAGCGAGAUUCUCGAGCAAUCACACAAGUGGAAUGCCGUGUUACUCAUUGAUGAGGCCGACGUCUUCCUUCAGCAAAGAGAAGCUCACGACAUCCAAAGAAACGCCCUGGUCAGCAUCUUUCUCCGACAACUCGAGUACUACCAGGGGAUACUCAUCUUAACAACCAAUCGCAUUGCAAAUUUUGACACUGCGUUCGAGAGCAGAGUGCACAUCUCGCACGAGUAUCCUGAUCUUGACGAGGCUGCCAGAAAGCAGAUAUGGACAAUGUUCUUGAGAAGACUGAAAGACAUGUACAAGGGCGCCACGGUUGGUGUCACUGAGGAAGACGUUACAUGGCUAACCAAGCUGGAAGUAAAUGGCAGAAAGAUCAAAAACAUUCUGAAUAGCGCCAGAAUUGUUGCCAAAGACAAGGGUGAGGUAUUCUCGAUAUCUCACAUUAGGCUUGUUCUUAACGCCACCAAUUCGGAUGUGCAGAUGGAACAUAUGCAGUUGAACGGCGCUUAA